UGACAGCAAAGUCAGUGUGUUUGUGUGUUGUUUUGAUCUUUUUUGAGAUAAAGAGGUUAUAAAAUAAAUUCCUUCAUAAAAAUAAACUAAAUUAGGCAAUAAAUUGUUUAAUAAAUAUAAAAUGGAAAUUUAAAAACGUUACUAAAACAUUCAUGUGCCUUAUCAUUGCUUACCAAAAUUCAAUGGCAGACGAAGAGAGACUUCAGCGAAUUAAAGCCGGUGCAUUUCUCGCAUCUGUAGCUGGGAUUUCUGCUUUUGUUGGUUUUGGUGCCACCUUAUCAGCUGCAAAAAAGUCAGAUCCAAAAUACUUUAACAAAGGCUUACAUAGUAGUGUGGAAUUAGCGGAUGCUGGAGCAAUUUUAGCAUUGCGUGCCUUGGGUUGGGGUACAUUGUAUGCUGUUGCUGGUACCUCAUGCUUGUGUUAUGGCAUAUGGAAGCUUUCUGGAGCAAAGGAUCUUAAAGAUUUCAGAAUAAAAGUAGGAAACAUGCUUCCAGUUCUUCCUAAGAAUAACCCCCCACAAUCAAGAACUGAAUUUAGUGGCCUCAAUGAUCUACUCACAUACUUAGCUGAAGAUUAUGGAAAGAAACCAGUGAAAGAGAAUUAGAUAAGUAAUGUAUAUUUAUUUUGUUAGAAAAUAAACUUUAUUGACAUAAA